AUGGACACCGAUCUACUCGAGAAAGCUGAAACUCUUUUGCUGAAAAGAAGCCAAGACAACAGUUUCAGAGAAGACAUCAAGCGCCUUCAGCAAGGGAAGCAAUUAGAGGGCAGCAGUAAAUUGAAAAGGCUCGACGUAGUACUAGAAGAGGAUCUCCUGCGGCUAAAGGGAAGAAUCGAUGCGAUACAGGUUGUGACCAGGGACUACAAACGACCCAUCAUGCUCGACAGCAAGGACAAGACAACACAACUCAUCAUAGAAGAAUUCCACUGCCGCUUCAAUCAUGGAAAUCACGUGACGGUGAUGAAUGAAAUACGACUCGGUCUAAGCAAGGAGACGACGGAGACGCUGCGCAGACGGCGCACGCGCGAGCUGGCGGAGCGCGUGACAGCCAUGAAGAGGCGCGCGCGCGACGCUGAGCGGUGGCACGCGCUCAAGAGGUUAAAAUCGGAGGAAAAACCUCAAACUGAACCAUGCGAAGACUGA